UUUAAAGCCCCUACUUCUUCUAGAAAAUGGAUGAGAACGAGCAGGUGCAGAAGGCUAAGCUUGCUGAGCAGGCCGAGCGCUAUGAUGACAUGGCUGCAGCCAUGAAGGAAGUGACUGAGAAAGGUUCAGAACUGUCAAAUGAGGAGCGCAACCUUCUCUCUAUCGCCUACAAGAAUGUGGUGGGAGCACGCCGCUCAUCCUGGCGCCUCGUCUCCAGCAUCGAGCAGAAGACUGAGGGCAAAGAACAAGAAAGUAUAGGUGAAUACCGGAAGACGAUUGAAACUGAACUGCACGACAUCUGCAUGGAUGUGCUUGGGCUGCUUGACAAAUACCUCAUUGCCAACGCAACUACUGCUGAAAGCAAGGUGUUCUAUCUGAAAAUGAAAGGCGACUAUUAUAGAUACCUGGCUGAGAUUGCACCUGAGGAUAAUAAGGAAAUGGUACAGAAAUCCCAGGAAGCGUACCUUGCAGCUCUUGAUAUUGGCAAGGGGAUGAAGCCAGCUCAUCCUAUCAUGCUUGGCCUGGCCCUCAACUUCUCAGUCUUCUACUAUGAAAUCCUCAACGACCCGGAGAAAGCAUGCAACCUGGCAAAGAAGGCGUUCGAGGACGCCAUUGCUGAAAUUGACACUCUGAAUGAGGACCCUCAAGACAGCACCCUGAUCAUGCAACUACUAAAGGACAACCUGACCCUGUGGACAUCGGAAUACAGGCCAGUGGAGGGGAAGACCGGAGACGGGGAAAAGACCGGAGACGGGGAAAAGACCGGAGGCGGGGAAAAGACCGGAGACGGGGAAAAGACCAGAGAUGGGAAAAAGUAAUGGAAAUGCACUGUUAAUCGACCUGCACUCUUAUCUUAAACACAGCUUAUAUACAUCCUGCUCCUCUCAUCAGCUCCUCUCAUGUCUGUAUGACAAGCAGCCUGAAGUGCUCCUGAUCAGCUAGUUUACCCAACCCUCUCAGUUCACUGUGAGGAGUGACUUUUCUGUUUCAGCAGAUUCAGUCACUAUUUUGGAUACAUGUACUGAUUAGUGAGUCCAUGUUGCUGUUGUUUUGUUGUCAGCUUUGUGCGCAUGUGUGUUUGUAUAAUCAGAUGUGAAGGGUAAUGUGCAUGAUCUUGGAGGGGAAGGGGGUGUUGUGAAUUCAAAUCGUAUCUCCAGAAGCUUUGGUUAAGGCUAGUUUGUUUUGCAUUGUCAUCCAUUUUUGCUAUUCUUGGACUUUUCUAUUUGUGAUUCCUGACAAUAUUUGCAGGUUUUAUUGUGUGGUCAUUAAACUGGCAGUUGA